UCCGCCUUAAGACAUCUAGUUUUAUAUUUCAUGUCUAUGCUUGUGUUAGCUAAAACUGCAAACAAAGCAAAGCGAGGCCGAGCUGCUAACGUUAGCACCGAAGAAACUGAUUUGUUCACCCUAAACGCAGUGGAACUUCUUCCUUCACCAUGUCGGAGGGGCGGAUUUAUGUCGGGAAUCUUCCCAUGGACAUCCAGGAGAGGGAUAUCGAGGGUCUAUUCUACAAAUACGGAAAAAUCCGUGAGAUUGAAUUAAAAAACAACAGGGGCACUAUCCCAUUUGCCUUUAUCCGAUUUGAAGACCCACGGGAUGCGGACGACGCCGUCUAUGGAAGGAACGGAUACGUAUAUGGAGACACCAAACUGCGCGUAGAGUAUCCUCGAUCCUCUAGUAACUUUAGUCCGAUGAGAGGUGGCGGAGGUGGUGGUGAAAGAGGAGGACCCAGAGGAAGAUUUGGACCCCCGACACGGAGAUCAGAGUUCCGUGUAAUAGUUACCGGAUUACCACCAAGUGGCAGUUGGCAAGAUCUGAAGGAUCACAUGCGCGAGGCAGGUGACGUGUGUUUCGCCGACGUGCAGCGGGAUGGAGAGGGCGUGGUAGAAUUCCUCCGUCGAGAGGACAUGGAUUACGCGUUGCGCCGGCUGGAUCGCACGGAGUUCCGUUCGCACCAAGGUGAGACAGCUUACAUUCGUGUCUACGAGGAUAGAGGCACCCCCAACUGGAGUCGCUCGCGGUCCCGCUCCAGAUCCAGAGGUCGCUUUUCACCACCCUACCGAGGAUCACCGCCGCCACGCUACCAGUCCCCUCCACGCAUGUCACGCCAUAGUCCGCCACGGAGAGCAUCACACAACAGCCCGCCGCCCCGUCACUACCGCUAAAGGUUCAGGAUUCGUCGAGGAAACCAAGAAGGUUUUUUUUUU